ACAAUCGAGAUUUUAUACGGUGUUCGUCACCGUACUUUCCCUGUGAAUUGCGAACUCUCUUCGCCCCCAUUCGAUCGAGUCUCGGGGCCCCGUCAGUGUCCGGUGGUAGUGGAUAUUUUUAGAAAAUUUUUAAUCAUUAAUUUCGGCGCCAUUUUGUAUAUGCCGGCGGAUUUUAGUCGUACGUCAAAACUCGAGUUUCCCAUUCGUAUUCCAUUACGAAAUAAACGGCCCCGUCGCAUCAACGACAGCCCCACGAGAGUGCCGUGCGCCCCCGAACAUCUAUACAGAGAUCAUUGGGUCUUAAUAUGACUGUAACUGAUUGAAUUUUCAAGAUGACUAUUGUUACAAGAGGUCAAGGAAUAACUGGAGAAACAUCUGAAAUACAGAACAUAACCUCACUGCCUGGUACUUCUGAAACUCCAUUUGAAGAGGCUCCGGAUGACGGUAUUGAACCGGAUUUUCCCCAUGAUAAAUUGCAAACUUUAGAUGAAAAAAUUUCAAAUGUAAGAUGGGUGGUUCCCGUUCUACCAGAUCAAGAGCUAGAAUGUCUCUUAAAAGCUUCCAUAGAAUUGUCUCGAAGAGGUUUGGACACCCGAUCGGAGGCUUGUCAACGAUUUUUUCAGGAGGGUCUAACAAUUUCAUUUACAAAAAUCUUAACGGACGAUGCAGUUUCGAGUUGGAAGCCAAACAUUCAUGCUUGUAUCAAUCAAAAUUGUGUCAGGCUAGUUGAGUUAUGUGUUAUUAAGUUGCCUCAUGAUUGGUUUCCUUUAUUGGAUUUAUUAGCAAUGGUUUUUAAUCCAAACAAUAAGUUCCACACAUUUAACGCAUCUAGAUCGAGCGAAACUGCGGGUUUGGGGAGCAAUUUAUCAGAGGAAGAACUUUAUGCAAGACCUUUAAACGAUUUAAGAACAACUCGGGGUUGGUUGGUCGAUUUAAUUAAUAAAUUUGGUGAAUUGGGCGGGUUUAAAUUAUUAUUGGAAAGGUUUCAAAGUGGUAAAAGUCUCAGUGUGGCUGUUGUAAAUGCUUUAUUGAGGCCGUUUGGUUUGAGUUAUGAAUACUUAACACCUCACACUAUUAAUAAGUAUAUUCUUCCUAUUUUGGAAAUAAUACCGGAAAUUUUGGAUAAAUUAACAGAUGAUGAACUUAAAAGGGAAGCUAAAAAUGAAUCUAAAAGUGAUAUUGUUUCGGCGAUCAUUAAAGCAUCAAAAAACCUCGCAUCUCGCGUUGCCAACCAAGAAGAACUUAUAAGAACUUUAGAGGGUUUUCGUCUUAAAAUGAUUUUGAGACAAUUACAAAUUUCUAGUUUUAAUGGGAAAAUGAAUGCUCUCAAUGAAAUUAAUAAAGUUAUUUCAAGCGUUUCUUCAUAUUAUCCAAAUAGACAUCAUGGCAUUGAAGAAGAGGAAUAUUUAACACCUGAAAGAAUGGCUAAAUGGAUAAAUGAAAACGGCGUCUUAGAAAUAGUUUUGCGAGAUUCACUUCAUCAACCUCAAUAUGUAGAAAAACUUGAAAAGAUUUUACGUUUCGUGAUAAAAGAACGGGCCUUAAGUCUAUCGGAUUUGGACGCGGUUUGGUCCGCUCAAGUCGGAAAACACGAGGCGAUAGUAAAAAACGUUCACGAUUUGCUCGCGAAAUUAGCGUGGGAUUUUAGUCCUGAACAGCUCGAUCAUCUUUUCGAGUGUUUUCAAAGUAGUUGGACGUCGGCGUCUCGGCGUCAAAGGGAACGUUUGUUGGAGUUGAUUCGUCGCUUGGCGGAGGACGAUAAAGACGGUGUGAUGGCGCAUAAAGUGUUGACGCUUUUUUGGAAUUUGGCGCACGCGGAAGAUGUUCCAACUGAAAUUAUGGAUCAAGCGUUAGCGGCCCAUAUUAAAAUCUUGGAUUAUAGUUGUUCGCAAGAACGCGACGCUCAGAAAACGAUUUGGUUAGAUAAAUGUGUGGAGGAAUUAAAAAGUGGGGAUAGAUGGGCUUUACCAGCGUUAAAACAAAUUAGGGAAAUUUGUUGUUUGUAUGAACCUUCACCGAAUGGGGUUCAUCCACAAAGAAGUCAUCACAUAUUCUAUAGGCAGGAAGUUAUUGAUCGAUUGCAAGGUCAACACUCUUUGGUUAUCUUAGUUACAACUAGUUUAACGAAAUAUAUGGAACGAUUGCGUAAUUUGGUUAAAGAUAAUCCGGAAUUAACAAGCGAAACUUAUUUUCCUGAUGCUAGAUAUUGUCAUGUAUUUCAAAUUCAGGAAAGAUUGAAUUUUUUGAGGUUUUUACUCAAAGAUGGGCAGUUGUGGUUGUGUGCGGAUCAAGCGAAACAAAUUUGGCAAUGUUUAGCGGAAAAUGCGGUUUUCGCUUCUGAUCGAGAAUCAUGUUUUAAAUGGUUUUCUAAGUUAAUGGGUGAUGAGCCAGAUUUAGACCCUGGUAUUAAUAAAGAUUUUUUUGAAAAUAAUAUUUUACAAUUGGAACCUACUUUAUUGACCGAAAGUGGUAUUAAGUGCUUUGAAAGAUUUUUUAAAGCAGUCAACAUGAAAGAGGGCAAAUUAAAAGUAAAACGUCGUACUUUAUUAACGGAAGACCCCGAUUUAACAGGAAUGGAUUAUUUAUGGAAAGUGGUAACUUUAUGUUCUGAUGAUAUCGCAUCGAGAGCUAUCGAACUUUUAAGAGAAGUCAGCACGAAUUUGGGGCCACGUUUAAUGGCCGCUCAGGUUAGUUUUCACGAAACCUACAUAACUGAAUGUUACGAUCGACUUCGCGCCCAUUACGACACCGUAACCGUUUUGCAAAAGCCAGGUCAAGACAAAGAAUUCGAUACAGAACAGAUACAAAAUCGGAUUCGUGCUGAAGCGGUUAAAAUGUGCAGGGUGAUGCGAGUUCUUCACGAGUACCUUAGCGAAUGCGAUAACGCUUACAUGGGUGAAAGGAAGUUUUUACCGUUACAUAGAGCUUGUAGAGGGCGACACAUGAUGCUUCUUGUACGAUUUUCUAGUCCCAACCGACAGGAUGAUAUUGAAAUUUUUACUCAUUCUAAUGAUACAUUAGCGUCCCUUAGAAGACAUAUUUUACGAAGGGUUAAACCAGGGAUUCAUUGUAAGUUGGAGUUGUUUGUUAAUGGGGAUCCUUUAGAUCCAGCUGAUGAUAGGAAAUUGUUGUGGCAAAUACCACUUAGGGAUAAAACAUUAAUUUCUGCAAAAAUAACUCAAAUAAAUUCAAACAUGGCCUCAUCCCAAGAUAGUAGCUCGGAUAGUUCAACAUCUUCACCUCAACAUCCUUAUGACGUACCAAACGUAGAAGCGGAAGCGGAAAAUUCACUUCCAGGUGUUUUGAUGUCGAUGGAACACACUUACGCGCAGUUUUUUUGUCAAUUGUCUGCCUUGGGUAGUAUUUUAGAGUUUGAUGCGCUUCGUGACGGAGCAAGAAACCUUUUAUUACUGAUGCCUUGUGACCACACGACCAUAACCCGACUCCAUAUUCUCUUUUCCAGUAAUUUUGAAUCGAAUAUUCCCAUCGAAGAUAUGUACUUUAGUCCAACUCCAGCGGAAGUGCUUUAUAACCUUGAGGUGCUUUAUACUCUGUUGAUGCCAGCUUUGGAUCCACUUUCUGAAAAGACUUACAACAUUCAGUAUGAGUUUAUGGUGUCUGGUGAGGCGCAUAUUUUCUUGGAAAUGUUAACGAGGAAUAAUUUUAUGUCCAGUUCGGAUAUGGCGACGAAAAGAUCGGCGUUCCUUGUUGUUUUAAAGAUUUGCAAAUUGAUAUUAACAUCGGUGGCGCAAGUUUUGGUAAAAUUAAGCGAGGAUCACACCCCACCCGAAAAAGAAGGUAAAAACGAACCGAAUCCGGGUUUUUUCUUGAAACACGCGUUAAGAUACGUCCCCGGACAUUCCGAUCAAAUUUUAAAAGAAGCUGCAAAAAAAUUAUCUCAAGGUUUAGCCGAUUUAAUGGUUGAAACCGGAAGUAGCGGUCAAGUUCAAGGUCUUUUCAGUCAAGCUUUAAAUUGGGAAUUACCCGAUACAAGAACCGUUAUGGCGUUAAUGAAUCUAGUUUGGGCAGCGAGUAGCGCUAAUCUUCAACAUUUAAACGCAACCCCUGAAACGCUUCAUUCGCUUUGCGAUCCUUCAAAACGCAACGCACCCUUGGAACUUCACGUCGAUGAUGUUGCGUUAUGUAAGGAAGCUUUGGAAUUACUCAGUGUGGCUUUAGUUUUAAAUCCGAGCAGUUUGGAACAUUUGUGUGAACGUAACGAGUUUCCAUUAUUUAUGACGGAUAUUCUGUUGUUAAACCCUAGUCGAAAUAUAAGAGUUAGCGCGGUCGAACAGUUUAUGAUAAUCUGUACCUACGGAGCGGCAAGUAGAACAGCACUUAAUCUUCUUACACCUUACCUAUUUUCGCUUUUGGACACGUUAGUUUUGGAUAAUGCAACGACUUCGCACGAAUUUUUCCAAUUACUCUGCCGAUUGAUCAACGUUAUGUUUUUAUCAAAUACACCACUACCAGAAGCGGAAAGUUUGUUAGCCGGCGAGGUCGCUUGGUUAAGAAGGGCGAGGGGACAACACGACGGCUUGCUUGAAGGUCAUCUUGGGUUAGCAAAGGAGUUAUUAUCGUUUAUGACAAAUGAACAAAAAUGUGAAUUGGGUAGUGCGGAAUCGGGAAGUUUAAUUAAAGAACUUUUGGAGGAUUUUCUUUUUCCCGCCAGCAAAUUGAUGUUGCAAUUAGUUAAAACUGGGAUGUUGGGUGAAGAUCCAGCUACCCCAAUUUGUGAUACACCACAAACACAAGCUGCAGCUUUUGAAUUAUUAACCACAUUGUGUCAAUAUUGUGUACCAAAUUGUAGACAAUUAGUAUCUAUGCUUAGCAACAUGUUUUAUUCAGAUCCAGAAACGACAGUUAUUGAAUGGGAUUAUUUACCAAUAAUAGGGCCAAGACCAAUGCAGGGUUUUGUAGGUUUAAAGAAUGCGGGGGCAACGUGUUAUAUGAACUCGGUUUUACAACAAUUGUAUAUGGUGCAAAGUAUAAGGGAAGGUUUAUUAGCUUGCGAAGGAGCGGCCACCGAUCCUAACGAAGAUUUUAGCGGUGAAGAAAAACUUGAAAUUGAAGUAGACACAACGGACGAUCGAUCGAGUUUAGAUGAUAAUCGAAAAGAUUAUAACGUUGGGAUAUUAAAACAAGUUCAAGCGAUUUUCGGUCAUUUAGCUUAUUCUAGGUUACAAUAUUACGUCCCUAGAGGACUUUGGAGGCAUUUUAAAUUACAAGGUGAACCUGUAAAUUUACGUGAACAACAAGACGCUGUGGAAUUUUUCAUGUCCCUUAUUGAAAGUUUAGAUGAAGCUUUGAAAGCGCUUGGUCACGAACAGAUAAUGUCGAAAAUUUUAGGCGGUUCAUAUUCAGAUCAAAAAAUUUGUAAAGGUUGUCCUCACCGUUAUUCAAAAGAAGAACCCUUUAGCGUGAUCAGCGUGGAUAUUCGGAACCACAGCAGUCUUCAAGACUCAAUGGAACAAUACGUAAAAGGGGAAUUAUUGGAAGGGGCCGACGCGUACCAUUGCGAGAAAUGUUCGAAAAAAGUGGUCACAGUUAAACGUCUUUGCGUGAAAAAACUUCCCCCGAUACUCGGCAUUCAAUUAAAACGAUUCGAAUACGAUUUCGAACGAGUGUGUGCAAUCAAAUUCAACGAUUACUUUGAAUUUCCACGCGAUUUAGAUAUGGAGCCUUACACUGUUUCCGGUUUGGCAAAACUCGAGGGCGAAAUUAUUGAUUGCGAUUUAAAUCCUGGAGGUUCAGAUGUUUGUACCAGGUAUCAUUUAUCAGGAAUUGUUGUUCAUUCAGGUCAAGCUUCUGGAGGACAUUAUUAUUCAUACAUUAGAAGUAGAAAUUCAAAUGGUGAAGUUAGAUGGUAUAAAUUUGAUGAUGGCGAAGUUACUGAGUGUAAAAUGCAUGAAGAUGAAGAAAUGAAGGUGCAAUGUUUUGGUGGGGAUUAUAUGGGGGAAGUUUUUGAUCCAAUGUUGAAAAGAACUACGUAUAGAAGGCAAAAAAGAUGGUGGAAUGCGUAUAUGUUAUUUUAUACCAGACAGGAUGUUGAGGAAAGGGAAGUUUUAAAAGCUAUGGAGAAAUUAACGAUUUCUGAUAAGAAAGAACAUCAUAUAAGAAUGCCGGUUGCUAUUGAAAACAGCAUAAGAAAGCAAAACAUCAAAUUUUUACAUCACCGAAGCCAAUUUUCAACGGAAUAUUUUAACUUUAUUAAGAAAUUUGUGAAUAGUAUUACUCCAAAUAGCAUGCGACCGAAUUUAUCAACAAAAGAUUUCGAGCAACUUUCAAUGUUAAGUGUUAAAUUAGCUAGUGAGUUCUUAUUUCAUACAGGAUGGCACACAAAAAAGAAUCUCCGUGGACCAGCUAUGGAUUGGAGUGACACAAUUUGUCUUCAUUUCCGUGCUGGUCCAGCAAUCCGUUCUUGGUUCGCCCACGAAAUGUUAUUCGCCCAUAUGCAAAGAUUUUGCGAGUAUUUGUUGAGUUGUCCUAGCGGUGAAGUUCGAAAUGCUUUUAUGAAAAUAAUCGUUGUUUUGGCGCAUUAUUCACUCAACGAUGGCCCGUGUCUUAACCCACCUGGAAUUAAUAAUCACGAUCCACUAGCAACAUUAAGUGAUCACAUCAUUUGGGCUUUAUUAGCUUUAUUACAUCGAGAUGUUAGCGAACACGGGCGACAUUUACCGCAUUAUUGUAACGUUUUUCAUAUGUAUGCAACACAAGGUGUUCAAGAGAAAGCCCAUUUAUUAAAAAUGAACGUUCACACGACGUUUAUGUUGGUUGCUUUGGAUGAAGGACCCGGGCCUGCUAUUAAAUAUCAAUACACCGAAUUAGGAAAAUUGAAUCAAGUCGUUUCUUGUUUGGUUAGGUGUUGUGAUGUUAGCUCAAAAUGUCAAAGUAGCACUGGAGUUCCCAUCUUGCCUAAUCCGUAUGGUGAUCCAAGCUGUCCUGAGUACAUAAUGCCUUUGUCUGUUCAAGCAUCUGAUAUUUUAUUUGGAAGAACAAGUUAUAUCAAAAAAGUAAUUGAAGAUUCAAGUUUAACUGAUGAAUCAAUAAAACUUCUUCAAUACUGUUCAUGGGAAAAUCCAAACUUUUCCCGCGUAGUCCUUUCAGAACUUCUCUGGCAAAUAGCAUUUGCGUAUUGUCAAGAACUCCGCCACCAUAUGGAACUUUUACUUUAUAUUUUAUUAAUUGAAGACUCCUGGCAAACACAUCGUAUUCAUAACGCUUUAAAAGGUGUCCCUGAAGAACGUGAAGGAUUAUUAGAAACAAUAGCCCGUUCAAAAAAUCAUUACCAAAAACGCGCUUAUCAAUGCAUAAAGUGUAUGGUGGCGCUUUUUAGUAAAUGUCGGGCCGCUUUGGCGAUGUUACACGGACAUUCGGAUCUUCGUAACCAAUGGGCACAAGCUGUGACGUGGUUACAAGAAGAAUUAUUGAAAAGAUACCCGGCGCCUUCACAAUAUUCUUAUAAUACUUGGUCACCGCCUGCGCAAAGCAAUGAAAGUUCGAACGGGUUCUUUUUGGAACGAUCGAAUAGCGCAAAAAAUACUCUAGAUAGAGCGUUGGAAUUAAUACCAGAAACGGAAAGAGAAGAUGACGAUGUAAGUGAAGAACAAUUGUCUCAAGAAGAGGUUAAUGAAAGUGGUGGUGGUAGCGGUGUGUGCGGAGGAAGUAGUGGAGGGGUUCAAAUCGAUUCGGUUGGUCAAGAUGGUGGUACAGGAACGGGACAAAGAGCUGAUUUACCGGAUGUGACACAAAGUUGCGAUGGACAGAAUACUUAACCUUAAGAAAAAUUAAGUGGAAAUAAAUGAAUGAAAAAGUUCCGAUGGUGAAAAUGAAAAAAAGAUUAUACUGAUGAUACAAAAGGAGUAAUUGCAAAAAAAUGUACUUUUUUUGGGUUUAUUUUUUUUUUAUUUAUUUAGAAGAAGAAAAAAAAGAGAAAAAGGGACUUGUGAUAUAUGUAAACGUGUAUAUAUAAAAACCCGACGCAUUUCGUGAUUUUUUAUAACUGAAUUGCAUUUGUGUCUCUAUGUUCCUUAGAGCGAAAAAGGAGGUCCCUUUUUUUAACGACAAAAAAUAAUACUAUUACUAUUAAAUAACCUAACCUAAAAACUAAACUAACCAAUUACACUCCGAGUUUAUUACAUAUUCUCCCACUUCUUUAAUUAUUAAUAUUUGCCUUACUCAUCAAAAAAAAUGUGUAUUCAAAUCUUAAAUUUAUCAACUUCUUUUUAACUUAGUUAAGAGGAUAUUUUGUGUAUACUUCUUUAUUAUAUUUUAUUUUAACUAAAUAAUACAGUUAUUUGAAUUUUU